GAUAGCGAUUACAGUAGAAAUGUUAAACGGCUUUGAAGAGGCAUUACGACAAGGCGGUUGAUAAGUUAUAUAAGGUUGUAUGGAUUAAUUAUAGACUUUCGCAUUUCAUAUUAUGGGAGAAAUGUUAGAUGCAUUGUCAUAUGCUUCCGUCUAAAGUUCUUCUUAAAAAACUUUUUUUUUUUAACUAAACAUCUGAUCUGUGCAGAGUCACGCAAAUCAUUAGGGAAAAAUUCAAAGAUAUUUUAAAUUUAAUUACUAAAAAACUAAAGGAUAUGCUAAAAUUAAAUUUCAAAGUACCACAGACCAUUUGCCAACAUUUUAUGCAUCGCAGAUUUUAUUCAAAGGAAGUGCGUGUGCGGUUUGCUCCAAGUCCCACCGGUUAUUUACACUUGGGUGGUUUGCGUACAGCUUUAUAUAAUUAUCUGUAUGCUCGAAAUCAAAAAGGAAAAUUUUUAGUACGUAUCGAAGAUACCGAUCAAGCUCGUUUCAUUGCCGGCGCCACUGAAAGCAUUAUAGAGGAUUUGCAAUGGGCAGGGAUCGCAAUAGAUGAAGGACCUGGACAGUUUGGUGGCCUUUACGGACCUUACAAGCAAAGUGAAAGAACUCAAAUCUAUAUGGAAAAUGUGCAGACGCUCUUAAAAAAUGGAUCAGCCUAUCGUUGUUUUUGUACCGAGAAACGUUUGGAACUAUUGCGAAAAGAUGCGGUACGCACACGUCAAAUUCCUAAAUAUGAUAAUAAAUGUCGUUAUUUAGACAAAGAAAAGACGCAUGAACUUCUCGAUAAAGGGAUACCUUACUGUGUACGUUUUAAGUUGACAGACUACGAGGAAGCUUUACACGAUUUGAUUUAUGGCGAUGUGCAUCACAACGUUAGUAAUAGUGAAGGUGAUCCAAUAAUAAUGAAAACGGAUCAAUUUCCCACGUAUCAUUUUGCUAAUGUGGUCGAUGAUCACCUUAUGGCCAUAACGCAUGUCUUCCGUGGAGUAGAAUGGCAAAUAUCUACCGUUAAACACUUAUUAAUGUACAAAGCGUUCCGCUGGGAGCCGCCAAAUUUCGGACAUUUGCCACUUUUGGUAAAUGCCGAUGGCACAAAGUUAAGCAAACGUCAAGACGAUAUAGGGAUUAGACAUUUUCGAGAUAGGGGUUAUUUUCCUACGGCUUUGCUUAACUAUGUGAUAUCAGCUGGUGGCGGCUUUCCUCAUCAGGAGUUUGCUAAACCCACGCUUCACAAUUUGGAAGAACUUGUGGAAACGUUUGAUAUCGUUUCAGUUAAUUCGCAUCCCAGUCGAUUGAAUCCUGAUUUGUUAAAUGAAUUUAACCGUUUGGAAAUCAGAGAAUUAUUACAGAACGAUCGUACAGCCGAUAUAUUAAUAAAGCAGAUUCAAAAACUUGUAAGGGAAACUUAUCCAGAAGGAGAUUUGGAUUUAAAUUCGUCCCAUAUCAAAAAUGUUCUACAAUGGUCGUCGCAACGUUUAACAUCUCUACAAGACUUAACCUCACCUCAACUAAGUUUUCUAUGGAUUAAGCCAAGUGUUUUUCAUUCUAAGGAACUGAAGGAAGUUCAUAAUAGUGAACUUCUUUUAGAUCAAUUAAUGGAAUUGCACAAUAUGCUGAAAUCUGCCGAUUUUACGAAAGAGAAUUUAAAAAAAUUACUCAAGAAUUUCGCAAAACAGAAAAAUGUUAAAUUCCCUCUCUUUAUGAAAGUUUUAAGAACGUCGCUUAGCGGAUUAAACGAUGGACCUGGAGUAGCUGAAAUGAUGAACAUUUUAGGUAAACAAGUAACCUUACAGCGUUUAGAGGAUUCCGUAAAGGAGAAAAGCACAUAUAACGAACCUGGGCAACUUAAAGAUACGGCGUGAUGUAAACUUUACAAAAAUCCAUAAUUUGAUCAUUUAUCUCUUGGAUUAAGAGGUGAAGCUUUAUUUAGCGUAUUAAACUUGUCUAAGUUUUCAUUAAUAAAAAAGUUAAAUAUGA